CUGUGCUCAACAAUUCUUCCACUUGCUUCCUUCCCUCAAAAGAGGAGCACUUUGUAUGAGUUGGAGGCAAAUUCCUCAAGUUGCACUUCAUUAAUCUGUGUCUUCCAGUACUUCAGUAGAUCCUGGAUCACUCUUUGGACCGACAAAACAAGUGGUGGUACUGCAGGAAAGGGGAGGAAACCUGCGUUGCGAUUGGCUGUUUCCAAACAAUGGCAGACUGCACACAGGGCGCCAAACCCACCAAAGUGACCCGGGACCCGCAAGCCGGCAUCAAGGACUCCGCAGUCAGACCCGCAGACCUGGGCCUGAGUCGAAGCUGGUCCAAGUCAGACUCUGACCUGUUGGCGUCACCGCUCGCAGAGGAGGACGGAGGUCAGGCCGGCCACAGUGGCUCCGUGUCCAACUGCAGCUCCGGGCAGCCGUCCACGGAGCGCAUGCCUUCCUUUGCCUCCGAGUGGGACGAGAUCGAGAAGAUCAUGAACUUGAUUGGAGCAGGCAUUGAAACGUCUGAAAAGCAGCGGCCCACCCGGAGCUCAGAUGGGGCCUGCGGUAAAGCCCUGGACCAGCCGGUCGGCGAGUGGCUGGAGCACGUGGGGCUGCCGCAGUACGAGAGCAAGUUCCUGCUCAACGGCUUCGACGACCUACGGUUCAUGGGAAGUAACGUGAUGGAGGACCAGGAUCUUAGAGACUUUGGGAUCACUGACCCAGGACACAGGAAGAAGAUCCUCCAUGCGGCACGCAGCUUGCCCAAGGUGAAAGCACUGGGCUGCGAUGGCAGCACAUCUCUUGUCUCCUGGCUGGACGGCCUUGGCCUGCAUGAAUAUCUACCCAACUUCCUGUCGAGUGGCUACCGCACGCUGGAGUGUGUUAAGAACCUGUGGGAGCUGGAGAUCAUCAAUGUGAGAAGCAAACACUUGCAUGUAGCCGCUGCGGUUUUUGAUGUCAUUAAGAUCGGUGCCCUGGGCCACAGGAAGAGGAUCAUCGCCUCGCUGGCCGAGAGGCCCUACGAAGAGGCCCCGUCAAAGUCCCGCCGCCUGUCCCCGAUUAUGUUCCAUGACCUCCUGUCCCAGACCACUUCCCCCCUCAGUCAGAUGGACCCGUACACCAGUCGCUCCAUGGACAUGCUCCUGCCCCUGAGCGAGUCCGACCGGAGGCGGAGAGGAGUUGACCAAGACUGUAGCGUUUCUCUGCGGUCGUAUAGCGAGAGGCCGCGCUCCGUAGACAGAAAGAGCGAACGGCACAAAGACUCUCGGCUGAACCUGCGGCCGCCGAGUCAGUCCGCCACGUACGCCACGGUGUCCGCCUGGCAUCACCAGCCCGAGAAGCUCAUCCUGGACUCCUGCGGGUACGAGGCGUCCUACCUCGGAUCAAUGGUAAUCAGGGAUCUACGAGGAAUCGAGUCCACACAAGAGGCCUGUGCUAAAAUUAGGAAGUCAAAGGAUGCAAGAAAGGGUCCAGUUGUCAUUCUGUCCAUCACCUACAGAGGGGUCAAGUUCAUUGAUGCAGCCACCAAGACCAUAGUAGCGGAGCAUGAGAUCAGGAACAUCUCGUGCGCCGCCCAGGACCCAGAUGACCUCUGCGCCUUUGCUUACAUCACCAAGGAUCUGAAUAGCGGCCACCACUUCUGCCAUGUCUUCAGCACUGUGGAAGUGACGCAGACCUACGAGAUCAUCCUCACACUGGGACAGGCCUUCGAGGUGGCCUAUCAGAUGGCAAUGCAGGCCAGGGCCAGACACUACGUCCCGCCCACAUCUCUGAGCCCAGAGGUCAUAGAGACCAAAGCCAGCCGCCCGGUUUCUCAGUCAUGGAGCAGCAUGCGAAGAUCAGCAGGAGCCCCUCCGCUCGAAUGCCGCUGCUGUCACUGUCACACGUGUACUACCCACCGUCCCUCCUUCCUCCCGUUGCACUCUGUUAGCCCUGGAGUCCAGAUCGACCCCCUGGAGAUGGACGCAGACAUGCAGUCCCUGGGCGGCAGCACCACCUGGCUCUUGGACCAGCGGGACCCCCACAGGCGCCCCGUCAGCACCAAGUACGAGACCACCAUAUUCUGAGGCCGGAUCUCCGCGGGCGCCCCACAGCACCCCAUCGUACCCCCGCCCCCCCCUCCCCACCCCUGCAUCCCAUCCUUUACUUAUCUCUCACACACGCACACGUUUAUACAUGCCAGCCCCGUGCCUUCUCACUGUGAUGGUAUAGCGUCCCUCAGGGCGGCCGACUCCUGCACCCCCCUUUGCCCCGCCCCCGGCGACCCACACCGACCUGGUUACCCGCCACGACAAACACUCCCGCGGCUCUCCGAAACCCCCCCCCCCCGCCCGCCUCCCCCACAGCCUGUCGCUGCCGCAGCCCAUGGCGGAGCCCUGGAGCGGAGGAUCAUGGACUGAUCUUGUUUCAAAAUGGCCCCGCUCUCUCAACCAAACUGCCUCUUCCUCCUCAUCCUCCUCUUCCUCAACUUGCAUCUGCCUCCACAUCCCUGAUAUCUACCAGAGGUUGCAUUUUAUUAUUAUUAUUAUUAUUAUUUCAAGCCAUUGAUUAAAGCAUCAUUUUAUUUUCCUUUGUUUCUUGAACUUGAGUGAAAUAUCAAAAGGGUUCAUGCGUUCAACUGUUUAAAGAAAAAUGCAACAUAUCAAAGAAGGGGGCUUAUUUGUUAUAGUUGGGUGACAGUAAUGACGCCACACACCCAACUGCACGGUCAGUGUGGACCUACGGGCAGCAGCAGGCUUAUUUAGCAGCUAGCUUAGCCUAGCAGCUAGCUUAGCAUAGCGGCGCUUUAAGUGGUCAGUUUGUCACUCAUCCCCCUUCUGGUUGAAACGUGGAGUAAUUCCUCUGCACAUUUCUCCGCUUUGUGUUGUUCUUGUGUUUGUUUUACUUCCAAAGCUAAAAGCUGCCUCCAUCGUUAUGUAACUGACGGCAGCUAGCGGCCGUUUUGUCUCCGCGGUUAACUUCCGGUUUACUUCCGGGACCGGGAGUAAACAAACGUACGGUAUCUUAUUUUUUUAAUAUUUAGUUGCAUUAAUCUCAGCCACAUUAAUCGCAUAGAAGAAUGCAUUUAUGUUGACAGCCCUAGUGGUUUGUUGACUUUUUUUCAAAUUGAGGUUUUCCUUGUUAUUAAACAGAAGAAAUAAAGUGUUAAUUAGUUACCUUUAUAAGUGCCGGUAGGAUAGAACCAGGAUGGUUGUCUCCACAUGUCUUUGUGCUAACCCAAGUUAACUAAAGAGUGGUGUUAAUUUGUUAAUUUUCCAUCUUUUGACAAGAUAACCAACCAUUGAACAUAUCCUAUGAACGCACCUUUUUGAUAUUGCUCGUGUAGAAGGUUUAUUCUGUAAUGUAAAAGCAUGAAUCUUUUUCUUUUCCAUUAUUUUUAUCACUCGUUAUUUUAAAAUUUCUGAAUUGUUUGGUGGUUUUGCCUCAAGACGGUUAUUUAUUAUUUUUUCUUUCUCCAUCUUUAGCCUGUCCGGUCUUACCAGGCAUCUACCACUGUGAGGCCCUAUGAGGAGGCUGCUUUGCUAGCAAGGGAUGCAAGACGGACACUUAAAUCUAUGAAAGACAAAACGCCAACGUGCAGCCAACCACCUGUUCUUUUCUUUCAAAGCAUUUGUACAAUACUCCAAACCCCACGAUGGAUCGCUCAUGAAUCGAUCACUGAUGUCUGAACUCAAACGGACCAAGGACUCAACCUACCAACACACACACACACACACACACACACACACACGCGCGCACACGCACAGUAGAGGACAACAGCCUUACGUCAUUUUGGUUAUUUAGGAUCGACUGCAGAACCACCCCUCCCCCUUGGCCCCCUGACCGUCCCUAAACACCCCCCCCCCCUCCUCCCCCCCCAACAACUGCACGAGUCCCUCCUGCUUCUAAAGGAAAGAAGACAACACUCCCCCGCUAGGACGCAACGACUGACGAUGAUGAUGAGCGAUGACGUCGCUCUUCUGAUGGCACAGUUUUUGUCCAUUUGUUUAGACAAGUCUCCACUCUGGCCUCUAGACCCCCCCCCCCCCCCCAGCAGUCUCUCAGCCUUCACCGUAGCACCGAGAGACCGCAACUUACUCCUUCUACUUGUCAAUAUAUAUACAUAUAUAACACUGUGUUAAAACGUGGCACUAUCCCUUUUAAUACCUUAUUUUCUUUUCGUAAGGUGCAAACUGGAUAUUUUGUGACUUUUUGAUAGACUGAUACACCUGAUUGAAAUACUUUUGGAAUGAGCGAUAAAGAAGGGGUCAAUGAACGACCCCCAGGCAAAAAACAACAACAACAACAACGAAGAGAAUUAACAACAGCUCAUUAGACUCGCACAUUUCCCCACGUAGCAUCUUAUUAUCAUGACAUGGGUAGGUGUCCAUGCGGUUUGCACCAGUGUAGAUUUAGGCUCAGUACAAGCAAAGAACCACACUUGAAAAUAAAGAACCUCAGUGAAAAGAUUGAA